CAAAGCGAUCUGCACGUUUUCGAGGAAACGGCUCCCACCAAGGCGCCUUUAACUGCGCUAUUUUUGCAAUCAGAUUGACUCCGAAGCAGAGAAGAGGAGCCUAAUCAGCGUCUUGUUAUUUACUCUCCGAGGGAGCUCCCCAAAUUGACCUGCAAGGGCAUAGCAAAAAUGACGACCUGCCCUGAGUAUGCAAGCGAGACGAGCGCUUGUGGAGACCAGCGGGAUCAGUGUGAGAAGCAUGGGAUUGUUUUCCAGGAAAGUGGCGAUGGGGAAAACCUCUGGGACACCUUUGGGCUUCUGCAGAUUGAUGUGGGGUGUGAAAGCCCCAGGGACCGGUUGGCAGAAAACAAGAAUUGGUGUUCGAGAAACGUUCUAAGGAAGCAGAGGCACUGGGAGAAGAUAAUUUCGGCAAAAAAGAGCAAAAGGAAACACGAGCGAGAGCGGCGCAAAGCUAAGCACAUGGAAGGAAAAGAUGCUGUUCCCCAGCUCAGCAAGCGGGAUUUGAAAGUGAUUGCAAAGGGGCGCCUUCUGGAAGCCAAGGAAUCAGGCCCUCGGUUGUGUAUCGAUUUGAGCAUGACCGCUCACAUGACGAAGAAGGAAACAAGCCGGCUUGCUGCUCAGAUAAGGCGGCUCUAUGGGUCAAACAAGAAAGCACAAGCCCCCUUCUGGAUCUACCUCACUGGGUUUGUGGAAAACAGCCCAAUUUACGAAGCAUGCCAGAGGAUGAACGAUGGAUUUGCCAGUUAUCUUAUGGAUGUUACUCCAGAAAGUUACCUUGACCUGUUUUCGUUAGAAAGGAUUGUGUACCUCACUCCCGACUCCGAGAACGCUCUCGAGGAAGUCGACCCGCAAAAAGUGUACAUCCUUGGAGGGCUGGUGGACGAAAGCAUCAAAAAGAGACUCACCUUCCAAAGAGCCCAGGAAGAACACCUGCAAACAGCACGGCUGCCAAUCCAAGAGUACAUGGUAAAGAACGUCAAUGCAAAGAAUUAUCACUCCACAACACUGGCCAUCAAUCAAGUGCUUGAUGCCUUGUCAACGUUCUACGAGACCAAGAGCUGGGAAGAAGCUCUCAAAGCUGCAGUUUCUCCUGGAAAAGGAUACAUUCUCCGAGACACAGCACAGUGACAUGAAGAAUCAACAUGCAAAAGUGGGAGAGAAGUUGAUAAUGAGGCGGCUAGGUUAGGACCUGUCUUCAGUGACCCUCACCUGCUGAACUGAUCCCCACUUCUCUGGAGCUAAACAGUUGCUUGUUCUUGUUGAAUCUGUGUUAGGAGAGGGGGUUAAAAUACAGUGGUACCUCUACUUACGAAUGACUCGACUUACGAAUGUUUCUAGUUACGAAUGGAGCUCCGUCCGCCAUCUUGGAUGCUGUUUAGAUAGGAUUUUUUCUACUUACGAAUUUUUAGAUAGGGUUGCUUUGACUUAUGAAUUUUUUCUCCCAAUGCAUUCCUAUGGGAUUCGACUUACUUUUUUUUUUUUACUUACGAAUGUGCGUUUGGAACGCAUUAAAUUCGUAAGUAGAGGUACCACUGUACCCUUAAACUUCUUUAAUAUUGCUGUUAGCUACCAAUGGCGAAAACAUUUUUUCCUUGGGUAAACAGGGCAUUUGUUCUGAGAGCUGCUGCUUUUUUUAGCGGUAAAAGCAUUUAAUAACUUUAUUUAAUAAACAAGCAAGUGUCCCAUCA